CAUUAGUUAAAGAACCAAUUUGGUUAUUUCAAACUAUUGAAAGAUAUCUAUUGGAUUUACCAACAGAUAUAUAUAAAUUUGAAAUUGAAGAUGAUCGAGAAAUAUUUCAAGAACUUCGAUCUGUAUGUAAUUUUACUGAAGAAUUCGACGAAUUAAAAAAAAUUUUAGCAACUGUUCAAAGUCCUGUAUGUUUUACUCAUAAUGAUUUUCAACCGGGAAAUAUUCUUCGUUUAAAAUCUCAAACAGAAAAUUUUACAGUUAUUGAUUUUGAAUAUUGUUCAUAUAAUUAUCGUGGAUUUGAUAUUGGAAAUCAUUUUUGUGAAUUUAUGUUCGAUUAUAAAUCAUCAAAAGAAUGGCCAUUCUUUAAUGUUGAUUUUGCUCUUUAUCCAAAUAAAACACAACAAAUUAAUUUUCUAUCAUCAUAUGUUGAUGUAAUGAUUUCUUCAACAGAAAAUUCAUCUGUUCUUCAAACAAAUGGAACAACUAAUGAAACAUUAUCUUCAAUAGAUAAUAGUAAUAAUAAUAAUCGAGAAGAAUUAAUAAAUCAAUUAAUGAAAGAAGCUAAUUAUUUUGCAUUAGCUUCACAUUUUUUUUGGGCAUUAUGGUCUAUUAAUAUGGCAACAUCAACUACAAUUAAAUUUGGUUAUAUGGAAUAUGCUCGAACUCGUCUUACUGCAUAUUAUGUAACACGUAAUUUACUUCUUGAUAAUAAUGAAAUACCACCAUGUCUUAAUGAAGAUGUACUUCGAUCAGAAAAAAAUCCAUUUAAAAAUUCGUAUAUAACAAUAGAUAACGAAGAAAAAUCGGAUUAA